UCUGCAUGCGUAAAUCUUUUGAGCUAUACACGUCCAGCUACAGUCCAAACACAUUUACCUUUGUGUGUGUGUUUUACUUUUCAUUCGUGAUGUAUCAUCUGCCUGUGCUGAAGAACAGACGCACUCUCCUGGAGAGAGCGGAGAAGUUUAUAUCUGAUAUUUACUUUACAGACUGCAAUCUGAGAGGACGUCUAUAUGGGGAGUCUUAUCCACUGGAAACCAUCAGCUUCUUCCUGUCUCAGACCAGAAUCCCAUUUACUGAAGCCUCCAAGCAAAACUUUGCGCCUUAUAAAAUCGGUGAUAUCUUUGGACCGACAUGGUGGACUUGCUGGUUUAAAGUGUCCCUGACGAUCCCUGAGUCCUGGAGAGGAAAAGAGGUCCAUCUCCUCUGGGAAAGUGAUGGGGAAGGAAUGGUUUGGAGAAAUGGACAACCAGUUCAGGGAUUAACUAAAAAGGGUGAAAAGACAAGUUAUAUCUUGUCUGACUGUCUGAAAGAUGAAGAGCCUCACAGCGUCACCCUAUAUGUGGAAGUAGCCUGUAAUGGGCUUUUUGGCGCUGGUCAAGGAUCCAUGAUCGCAGCUCCAGACCCAAGCAGGAUGUUUUCUGUACAGAAGGCAGAAUUGGUCAUUUUCAACAGAGAUGUGCAGAAGCUGCUGACUGAGUUUGAGAUGCUUGUUGACAUUGUUAAGGAACUCGGAGAGGCAGAGCAACGGGGCUACCAGGCGCUCUUCACUGCCAAUGAGAUGGUGAACCUUUGUGACCCGUUUGAUUCCAGCUCCUUUUCCAAAGCUCACAGUCUGGCCCACAAGUUCUUUAACCAGCGGAAUGGAGACAGCCAGCAUACUGUCCAUGCAAUGGGUCACUGCCACAUCGAUUCAGCCUGGCUUUGGCCGUACGAGGAGACGAUUCGCAAAUGUGGCCGAAGCUGGGCGACUGUCGUCAGUUUAAUGGAGAAGAACCCGGAGUUUGUCUUCACUUGCUCUCAGGCACAGCAGUUUGAGUGGGUAAAGAGCUGGUAUCCGGGACUUUUCUCCAAGAUUCAAGAUUACGUGAAGAAAGGCCAGUUCAUUCCAGUGGGAGGAACAUGGGUGGAAAUGGAUGGCAAUCUGCCAUCAGGUGAGUCCAUGGUUCGACAGUUCCUGGAAGGCCAGCGCUUCUUUAAUCAGGAGUUUGGCAUAUAUUGCAAAGAGUUUUGGCUUCCAGAUACAUUCGGAUACUCUGCCCAGCUUCCACAAAUCAUGCAGGGAUGUGGCAUUUCCAAUUUUCUGACCCAGAAGCUGAGCUGGAAUUUGGUCAACACCUUUCCUCACAACACAUUUUUCUGGGAGGGUCUGGAUGGCUCCAAAGUUUUAACUCACUUCCCACCAGGGAAUUCCUAUGAAAUGAAGGGAAAGAUUGAAGAUCUGGUGAAAACUGUGAAGAAUAACAAAGAUAAAGGGCGAGCCAAUCACAGUGCGGCAUUGUUUGGCUUUGGCGACGGCGGCGGUGGCCCUACGCAGCUGAUGCUUGAUAGGCUUGGCCUGGUCAGGGACACAGAUGGACUUCCCAAGGUCCAGAUGUCCAAUCCUUCAAAGCUUUUCUCGCAGCUGCAAGCUGACUCAGGGCUACUGUGCACUUGGACCGGAGAGCUCUUCCUGGAACUGCAUAAUGGCACCUAUACCACUCAGGCACAGAUUAAACGUGAGAAUCGCCAGUGUGAGACUUUGCUUCAUGAUGUCGAGGUGGCCAGCAGCUUGGCCCUCUGCCGAAGCGAGAUGUUUCUUUAUCCUGCAGAAAAACUGCAGCGCCUCUGGAGGCUUCUUCUCCUAAACCAGUUCCACGAUGUGAUUCCUGGAAGCUGCAUAGGGAUGGUUGUGGAAGAUGCUCUUAACUACUAUAAAGAUAUCAGAAAUGAUGGUGGGGUCCUUCUGCGGGAGGCAUUGGAAGCCCUGGAGCCAAAAGGAACCUCUCCUGGUGUGUUUAACUCUCUCCCCUGGGAGCGAUGUGAAGUCGUUCAGAUUACAGAUGGACCAGACAGUUCCAAGCUAGCUCUGGUGACCGCUCCCAGCGUCGGCGUGGCUCCUGUCAAAGAAACGCAGCCUGCGACUCCAGUCUCUGUCACUCCUCAGGCGGAUGGCAGUGUCCUUAUGGAGAAUGGGAUUUUACAAGCAGUCAUCAGCAAAGAUGGCACACUGGCAUCACUGUGCUUAAUCAGUGCUAACAGAGAAACUAUUUCUGAUGGCUCUUCUGGAAACCAGUUCGUCAUAUUCGACGACGUCCCCCUGUACUGGGACGCAUGGGAUGUGAUGGACUACCAUCUUCAGACAAGGAAGCCAGUAGUGGAAGUGGUGCAGCCUGUCCAGGUAGCGUUCCCAGGAGGAGUCAGAGGCAGUGUCAGCUUCACCCUGAGGAUCAGCGAUAAAAGCACUGUCACACAAGAGAUCAUCAUGGAUGCCAUGUGUCCCUACAUCAAGUUCAACACAAAGGUGCAGUGGGCAGAGUCGCACAAGUUUCUCAAAGUUGAGUUUCCUGUGCGCGUACGAAGCCCGAAUGCGACAUAUGAGAUUCAGUUUGGUCAUCUGCAGAGACCCACACACUGGAACACAUCGUGGGACUGGGCUAGGUUUGAGGUUUGGGGUCACAAAUGGGCCGACCUAUCAGAGCACAACUUUGGAGUGGCACUUCUGAAUGACUCCAAAUAUGGUUAUUCAAUCCACAAGAACACAAUGACUCUUUCCCUACUGAGAGCACCAAAGGCACCGGACGCUACUGCCGACAUGGGGAAUCACCAGUUCACAUACGCCAUCAUGCCCCACUCAGGAUCCUUCCAGGAUGCUUCAGUUGUUCAGUGUGCUUACAGCCUCAACUACCCUCUGAGGCCAAUCCAGUGCCGCCCUGACUCUGCACCCUGGAGUGCCUUCUCCCUCAGUCCAUCAGCAGUCGUCCUGGAGACCAUUAAACAGGUAGAGGAUGGAAACGGGAACCUUGCCGUGCGUCUCUAUGAGUCCAAUGGGAGCAGUGUUACUGCAACUCUGCACAGCGACCUUCCAGUUAAGGAGGCAUGGCACUGUGAUUUGUUGGAGAGGCGAGACCCCACCCAGCCAGCACACAUCACAUCUGAGGGAAUCUCUCUGAACUUCAAACCCUUUCAAAUUGUGACGCUUCUGCUCUGCUUUUGAUUUAUUCCAGAAUGUUUUACACUCAGAGGACUUGAAAGAGGGAAUAUUUGGUGUAAUUCUACUAAAACAAUGUGAUCACUUUGCAAUGAAUGAAUAACCGCAUUUUUCUAGCAUUUUUUUAAAAUGAGUUUUUAUUUUUUCUUAAAAUAUAUAUAUAUAUAAGUAUAAAAUUACAGAAAGAUUUGGCUCCA